AUGAGGAUACUCCGCUGCCAUCUCACGGGAUUUGGACUUUUCUUCUCCAUAUGUCUUUUUCUCGUCGUUGUUGCACCGAGAGCGUCCUACGGGGAUAACCCUGUGGGCGCCACGCAGGAUAAAAUCUGCAAUUCGCAGGAUGGUAAUACAGGGAAGAAGCCGCUCGAUUUGGUACUCGAGACUCAGGCGCAGAGCCUAACAUUCGCGUGUGGAGAGGGUCUGACAGCGCUCAAGCCAGAACAGGACAACGUCUUUACGAGAGAGGAUUGCGGGUCGCAUCAAUCCCUAUCAGCGGCGUGUCCUGGUGCGCGCCUGGAUCGUUCCCUGGUGUCGCAAAGGACGUACAAAUUGACUGUUAGCCGGAAACCGCCACAAGACAAGCUCUUAUACUACAAGUGUGAAUCACAGGAGUCUCUCGCAGCGCACACACGUGGUUCGCAAGCCGGGGUGACGCAGAAGGACUGCAUCGUUAAGAUAACUGUCAAGGGUGUCAGUCCUGCGACAGUCGUCCCCGCCGCACACAUCUGCGUCCCGAAGGAAACGGGAAAAGACUCCACAAGCGUUAAGGAGUUGACCCUCGAGGCGGACAAGCAAAGCAUCGACUUCAGUUGCGGUAACGAAGCAGGCGCACAGCUCACUCCUGCGACGAGCCUGAAGAAGUUUUGCGCGGAUGAGGGCUGCCAGGAGCAGAAAGAGCUCUCCUCGGUCUGGAGUGACGCUGCACUGACGACGGCAGGCUCUGGUGCUGCGACGAGUUACACGCUCAGCAUCAGGUCGGAGCGCAAGGAGGACAAGGAUAUCUACUACAAAUGCAGCGUGCCCGCAAGUAACAAAACCAAGGUGGAGGAGGAUGGUGCAACUGGCAAGGAGAAGAGCUGUGUCCUCAAGAUCACAGUGAAGUCCGGCGAGACGUCAUUAGCAGCUGCAUGGGUGGCUGUGACUUCUUGUGUUUUCGGGCAGAUACUGCUGGGUUUGCUUUCGUUCUGGAUGUGA